AUGGCGCAAAGCGUGGGAUCGUACACCAACCCAUUGAAGAAGUUCAAGCUGGUCUUCUUGGGCGAGCAGUCAGUCGGCAAAACCUCUCUAAUAACCCGCUUCAUGUACGACUCCUUCGACAGCACCUACCAGGCCACCAUCGGCAUCGACUUCCUCUCCAAAACAAUGUACCUCGAAGACCGCACCGUGCGCCUGCAACUCUGGGACACGGCGGGCCAAGAACGAUUCCGCUCUCUCAUCCCCUCAUACAUCCGCGACUCCAGCGUAGCGGUUGUAGUCUACGACAUCACAUCUCAAAAGUCCUUCCAACAAACACGGAAAUGGGUAGACGAUGUGCGAGGGGAGCGAGGGAACGAUGUCAUCAUUGUGCUCGUGGGCAAUAAGACAGAUCUGAACGACAAGCGGGAGGUGACGGCACAGCAGGGCGAGGAUGAGGCGAAAAAGCAUGGAUUGAUGUUUGUGGAGACGAGUGCAAAGGUGGGACAUAAUGUCAAGGCAUUGUUCAAGAGGAUUGCGCAGGCGCUGCCAGGGAUGGAGGGAGAGGGGCAGCAGGGGCAGCCUAAUACGUACCGGUGCGGCGUCAAUUGUGAUAGCGUGGCGUUGGCGGAGCAUGUGUCUCUUAGGGUGCCGUGCUUGUCCGCCUUUGUGCAACUUGGCUGUGGCUUCUUCUACUGCGACAACCUGAACAUUAUUCUGCACACUCGGAUUGUCGCCGGCGUCACAGGAAAGAAUUCGACCACGGGUCGCAUGGUUUUGUCUGCCAAUUCCUCCGACCGCACGAUCGCCGCAUUGACGGCUCUCCGUGCGAUCAUGGAGAGCUCUCCACUCAACAGGCUGCCGGCCGAAAUACGCAACCAGAUCUCCGAGCUCGCUCUUACUCUGCCAUUCCCUCUACGUCUCAAGCCACAGCCUCCAGACGUAGGGCGCGGGCCCCUGCUGUUCUACGAUCACGACCACGAAUACGAGUACUCCGCUCUCUGCGCUCUGUCACAGACAUGCAAGCAGCUGCGCGACGAAACCAAGGACCACUUCUUCUCGCUCAACUCGUUCGAAGUCAUUCUCGAUCACCAUCUAGGCGGGCCCCGCGAGAAAAAAUGCUGCAACACACACAAGGACGAGGUUGUCCUUGGGCCGCUGGAGAACCUUCUACAAUCCUUCGCGCAACUGGAUAUUCAACACGUCGCCUCGCUAGAUGUCAUUUUCCAAUUCAACCCGCGUUGCUCCGUCGCAGUCUUCCCGGAAGAAUCUAUGGGCCAAACAUAG